AUGAAAAUAUCGCAUCAUAUUUCUUCUUUAAAACGAAGAAAUCAAAUUGACCGAGGCGUAGAUCAAAUAAAUGAUGAAGAUUUUGUAAAUAUCAAUCAUUUCAUUGAAACCACUUCUUCUUCAGGAAAUGGUUUACCACAUUCAAAUAAUUAUCAAGCUUUAAAUAAUUAUCAAGCUUUUGGAUCUGAUGAUGAUAUUAAUAAUCAUCCUUUAGAAACAAAUUCAGCUUGGAGAAUACUUGCAAUUUUAGGAUUGGUUUGGACAAUUGUAAUAUUGUUGGUAGUUUUUAUAUUUAUAAUUAAAAAGACUGUUCUUUCACCACCUGAUGCAGAUCAGCUUCCAGAAACGAAUCCUGAAAAUGAGUGGAUGAUUGCUUCAUUUGAAAAUUCAGAUAAUGAAAAUAUUGAAGUACCUUUAUCGACGAAUGUCUCUCGUGAAACGAUUGAUAAUUAA